AUGGCUGCCCACACGCCGAUUUUCAUUCUGGCUGUUUUACCUCUUGCAGCACUAUUCAUCCUGUUUAAUUUCGUCAUCCACAACCCAACUCAUCCAGAAACGCGCAACAACCUCUCCCUGUUGGACGUAGCGGUGGCCAUUUCAUGUGUCAAGGGUUUUAGCACUAAACAGCAGCAACAGCAACAACAACAAGAAGAAGAACACUGUCAACUAGGCUCUUCAAACACCGAAUCCACAUUGGCUGCAGAGGUUUCCACGCAGUUAAAUCAGGCCAACAGCCAUAGCAAUGAUAACAAUCUUGGGUUCCAAGAUGAUAUCAUGGAGUCCUGGGAACCAAGUGACUAUCUGUACUAUCCCGUAAUGGCGGACACCACUGUGCUUGGCGGCGCGCCUGAGAAUCUGACGACAGCUUCCUUGAAUAUUCAGAGCUUGUUUGGGUUUGUGGUUCCGGAAUUUGGACAUGGUUAG